AUGGCAGCACAAACAGAAUAUCAACAGCACAGUGCCAGCCGUGUCCCCAUGCCUCUGUCCCCAUCCAACCGUGGCUGUGAGGAGCGUGGAGUCCAUGGGGGAGCUUCACUGACAAAUUAUUUCCCACCUGCCAGUAUCCUCUGCCCAGUCCUGCUUUCCAGUCCUAUUCCUUGCGGCAGAAAUUGGAAAAAGCCCGUGGAACAAUAAGGACCUGCAGCAAAGGCUACAAAGGAGACUGGAUUCAGAGAGACUAAAAACUAAUCUUCGUCGCUUUGCCAGCCUAAAAUUAAACGUGACCAAAUUUCCUACAACAUGUCUGUGCUGUCCAGCAAUCAUUCAGCCUUAUCACAAGAAACCCACAGCACUUACAGUGCUGGAACAGCUUCUGAGUCAGUGAUGCCAUCUGUAUAUGAAGAGUCAGUCUGUGAGAGUCUCUCUUCUAAACCUGGAAUGGAAACCUACCUUGUGUCAGAAUUCCCAGAAGAGGAUGAAGAAUCCAUUUACAAAAAUCCAUUUACAAUUCCUCCAGAUAUUGAUAUUUUUGCAGUAAGGAACAAGGAAAGAAAAAAGGCAAAGGAGGAACGUGAAAAGAUGAAGACCAUGAAAAUUCAUGAGAAAAUGACUUGCUCCGUUAAAAACAAGGCAAAGGAAAAAGGGUUUAGGAAAGCUUUGCAAAAGGAAGAGGAAGAAGAAAGCAGAAAACAGGCAACAGAUGAAGAGAGACUGAAGAUUCUUCAGGAGUGUCUUUCAUGGAAGAUAGCCCUUAAAAAAGAUUAUCCAUUAGAAAAAGAAACUUUCCGUGACUACAUAAAUGACAGAAGAGAGAUAUUUUUACUUGAGUAUGCCAUAGCAGUAAAGAGAGAAGAGAUUCAAAAGUUGGAGAACAUAGCAAAGAAAGAGGAAAGAAAACUGGAAAAGGCUGAAUACAACCUGGAGAAGGAUAUUGCCAUAUUUGAUGAGUUCCUGAAGGAGAACCAUAAAAGCUCCAUUCAAGCCCUGAAAAUUGCUGAAAAAGAAUCUGCAGUGAAAGCAAAGAAAAUAGUAGAGAUCCACGCAAUUAGUUCCCAAAUAAUGAGCCUCCAAAGUGAUAUAACCAGAUUUGAGAAUUCUCUGCGAGAGUACAAGAUGUACAGAGACUUCCUCUAUCAGCUAUCUCCAAAAGAAUGGCAGGAGGAAUAUGAAAAAAAACAUGAAAAGAAGUUGAAGACAGCAACCAAAGCUGACAAAGAAAGUGCCUCAGAGAAGGGCCAGGGUCUGACCAUUGGGAUGAAUAUAAGAGGUAUAAACGUGCCAAUUUCUCUGCUGUCCACAGAAAGUUUGAACUCAAGUUUAUCAUCUGGGACCAGACCAUGGCUCAAAAGCCACCUGAAACCUCUCACAACAGAAAAUCUAAAUUCAUCGGAGGAUCAAGAGAGUGAAACCUUCUCGGAUGAAGAUGAGGAGCCUGAGCUGUAUUUUACCGACCCCCAGCAACUGCUGUCUAUUUUCACGGAGAUGGAGGAACAGAACUUCUCCUACUUCUGUAAUUUCCAGGAGAUAGAGAAAGAAAUGAAUGAGCUUCAACACAUCUUCAUCAACACACAAAAAAGGAAGGAUCGAGAGAGAGCGCAGCUGGAAGAAGUUUUGCUCACCUUGAAAUCCACUGUCACCAAACUGGAAGAGAGAGCAGCAGACCUGAAGUUCAAAGUUGAAGACUUUUCCUCAGAACACAAAGCUGAUGUCCAGGAUAAAAUGCUUGCAAGCUUGAAAAAAAAGGUGCGGGAGAUCUAUGGUCACUGCGUUGGAGAAAGCAGGGAAGGCAUGGAGAUAGUGCAGAUGUUAGCAGCAAUAGAAAAAAAGCUCAUUGAGUUACUGGACAACCUGGAAAGAAUUCCACCUGCAAAGGUAGCAGAGAUUGAAAAAGCCAAGAAAAAAGAACAGAGAAUGAGGCUGAGAGAGGAAAAGGAACAACAGCAGAAGCAGAUGCAGGAGGAGAAACUGCAACGGGCCAUGGAGAGAGCACAGGCAAUCAUGGAGAAAAAGACCGGCAGGAGGCUGAUGUUCCGUUCCAGCCCACCUGCCAGGAAGGAAAAGAAAAAGCAAAACCAAGAACAAAGGGAUAAGGAGAAAGAAGAAAUACUGUACUAUUUUACUUGACAGCACAGCUUUUACUACUUAAGGUAGGGUUGAUAGCACUCUAGAAAAAGGUUUCUGUAGCUCCAGUCUGGGCUUAAGCUAUUUGCACUGUGAGAACUUCAUAGCCUCGUGAAACUCCUAGUUCUGCAAGGCCCCAAGAAUGGAGCAAGUGUCAGGCAACCACUCGUUGUUUUUCUUAACUAAGGAAAUAAAAUAAAAUGCUCUUAA